AUGGAACUCGCGUAUGUAAUUAUGGAGUGUUUACCUGGAAAUCCGGUACCAAUCAUAGGAAAUCUUCAAGGAGAAGAGCAAACGCUGAAGAUCAUCGAAUAUGGUCUACAACUGCUGAAGGCAAUCUACGACAUGCAUCAGUGUGGCUUUAUCCAUCGAGAUAUCAAGCCAGAAAAUAUAGGAAUGUAUGAUAAUAAUAUAGUGGUCAUGUACGAUAUGGGCAUGGCGCGGGCGUACCUGGACGAAGAGGGCAAAUCACCGACCUCCCCGUUCUCAUGCAGGCAUGAGAGGCACCGAGGAGUGGAGUAG